AUCUGAUUUAGAAUGAAGCAUCUCGCAGCUUACCUCCUCCUCGUCGCCGGUGGCAACACCAAGCCUUCCACUGAGGACAUCAAGACUCUUUUGGGUUCCGUCGGUGUUGAGGCCGAGACCCAGCGUCUCGCUUCUUUGCUCAAGGCCCUUGAGGGCAAGACCGUCGCUGAGGUCAUUGCUGAGGGUUCUUCCAAGCUUGCUUCCGUCUCUACCGGUGGUGCCGCUGCCGCUGCUGGUGGUGCCGCUGCUGGUGCCGCUUCCGAGGAGGCCGCCGCUGAGGAGGCUGUUGAGGAGAAGGAGGAGUCCGACGACGACAUGGGCUUCGGUCUCUUCGAUUAAACUAUUCGCUUGCACUUAUUAAACGUCCCUUUACGGUCGAAUAAAAAAGCAAAAACAUGUCUUUAUCGUU